AUGAUCAAGGUGAAGGAAUCGACUGUACUGCAUACAGCGGCAGCAGGACUCCUACGUCCGGGGUUGGCAUGCUUAGCGCUGGAGGGUUCAAAGAAGGGUUCAGGGCCGGGUUCAGGGACGGGUUCAGGGACGGGGUUCAGGCGAGAAAGGGUCUCAAUUCUUCAUCAACGAAACACGCUGAGCCAUGGUCGGGCAUGGGAGUGGUGGACAGGUCGCGAGAAAAAGAACGGGCAUGGGCGUGGGCGCGACACGGGCGGAGGUUGCUGUGGCUGGUCGAGGCGGUGA